GCACGGAUAUUGAUAGUAUCUAUAUCCGUGGUUUGAAGAGACGCCGUGACGGACAAUUCAACUAUUUCAACUACAAUGCGCGCUGUACAAGUACAACACUAUAAUAACUUUUAAAUUGAAUGCUGAUUGAGGACCUAGCUGUGUAUAUUAUCAUUACUGUUUAGAACUUAAGGAGUGAUCGUGGAUACUUUUAAAAUGAAAAAAUUAACUCAGUGGGUUGUUGGUUUAAAUAUACUGUCUAUAUUAUGGUUAAGCUUACUUUUUCACCAGUACGACAGUAAAAUUUCCAAGGAACACUUCCUUGUCAUACAAUUUCUUCCUAUUAUUUUAUUGAUUCUUUUUGGCGUGUUCUCAUUGGCAGUUAUAUUGUAUAGAGUGGCAACUUUCAAUAACUGCCAAUCAGCUGCAGAAGAAUUACAAGCGGAAAUAAAAGAAGCGAGAACAGCUCUUCAAAAAAAAGGAUUCAAAUUUGAUUGAUAUUUUAAUAUAUAUUUACUUGCAACAACGGGGUUAACAUUCCAUACAAUGUUUAUAGCUAAAUGUAAUUUUACAUACAUUACUUUAGUCUCUGAAAUAAAAAUUUAUUUUUUGUAAA